UGCUAUAUGCGUAAUAUUGAGUGACUUAGGGUGCUACAUAGGGUGAUCGAGGAAAUAAACGUUCUUACAUUUUUUGGAACCUAUUAGCUUCUUAUAACUAGAGUCCAAAUACCUACUCCACGAACAUCAGGUGUUCGAUAAAUUUCCUGAACCAGUAAGAUCUUACAGAGCUUGAAGAAGGUAGAUGAUUGGAUGUCUCUGUUUUCAAUUCGCACUCUCCUCUUCCCAGCGCCCCACCCAAUCCGGCAAUCGUUUAUCCCAUUCUCUUCUGCUACCUCGCCGCCGGACCAGAACCUCGUCUCGUUGGCCGUCUCAAUCCUCAAGCACCACCGAUCAAAGUCCCGGUGGAGUCACCUCCGCUCUCUUCCCAAACCCUACACUGGCUUCACCCCUUCUCAGGCCUCAGAGAUCACACUUCAAGUCCGCAACAAACCCCGUCUCGCCCACACCUUCUUCCUCUUCACCAUCCGCCACUCCCUCUGUUCUCAUUCCAUUUCUUCUUACGCCACCAUUAUUCACGUCCUCUCUCGCUCCCGCCUCAAGCCCCAAGCUUCUGCCCUAAUAAAAUCUGCAAUUUGCAAGUUCCCCGGCCAACAUUCCUCGGACCCUCCUCCCAUUUUUGAAGCUCUGGUGAGAAGUUACAGACAGUGUGAUUCUGCUCCGUUUGUGUUCGAUCUUCUGAUUGACGCUUGCUUGGAUUCGAAAAGAACGGAUCAGUCUAUUGAGCUCCUGAGGAUCUUGAAGUCCAAGAAUCUUUACCCAGAUGUCUCCACCUGCAAUUCUCUUAUCAAGCUUGUUUCCAAAACCCGCGGGUGCUUUGCUGGGUAUGAUAUGUACAGGGAGAUCUUUAUUUGCAGGGACGAAAAUGUCAAGGGCGUUAAACGUGUCGCUCCCAAUGCACAUACAUACAAUGUGUUGAUGGUUGGGUUCCACAGGGAGGGUCUGGUGGAUAAGGUGGAGGAAGUUUGGAGGGAAAUGGUAGCAAUGAAUUGUGAUCCGAAUGCGUACAGUUACAGCGUGCUGAUGUCAGCAUUGAUCGAUGACGGGAGGGUGGAGGGUGCGAUGAGAAUAUGGGAGGAGACCGGCGAAAGGGGCGUGGAGCGGGACCCAGUGUCUUACAACACUGUCAUCGGAGGGUUGUGUGGGGCCGGCGAGAUUGAGAGGGCCAAAGAAAUUUUUAGAGAGAUGGUGAUGAGCGGUGUGGAAAUCACGUGCACCACUCUUGAACACCUGAUCAUUGGUCAUUGUAAGAUGGAGAAUCUCGAAUCAGCCCUCCUCUUGUACCAGGAUCUGUGUAGGAACAGAGCCAAGCCCGAGGGCGAAACAGUGAAUGCACUGGUUGGGGUGUUCUGCAGUAAAGGUAGAGUCUUUGAGGCGCUUGAGUUUGUUAGAAGCUUGGUAAAGAAGCACGGGGUUGUUCCGAUGGAGAAGACAUACGAAACGCUUAUAAAUGCUUUGUGUCGCGAAGGGGAGAUGGAAGAAGCUCUCAGAGUUCAGGUGGAGAUGGUGGGGAAAGGGUAUGAAGCCAAUAAGGAGAUAUAUAACACUUUCAUUGAUGGAUUCUUGAGACAAGGGAAAGAAGAAAUGGCUGAGAGGCUGAAGAAGGAAAUGCUGCAACUAAAAUCGCCCAACGAAUGAGACAUGUUCAAAGAUGUGUUUUCAAUUUUGGGAUGUUUGAAUGUCCUUUUUACAUACUGCUGUGCACAGAGAUGGAACUUUUAUCCCCCCCCCAAUUAAUGUGACCAAAGUUUUUUAAAUGCAUUUAUUUAAAAGUUGAGGAUGUCUAUGGAUAAACACUCAUAAACAACAAACACAGCAUAACACUCUUUUGUUUCUGUUCUCCAAUGCGAAAGAAAGAUUGCUUUUCUCU